UAUCUACGUAGCAUCUCCUACCAUCCCUACCUAAUUCAGCCCUGCCGUACCCUGCGUGGCCCGCGCCGUUCCGAUCAAACACCACCAAAACAACAUGUGGAAGAAGGGCUUUCUCUCGCGCGGCAAAGACACGGCCGCGCAGGUGCAGAUUGGCAAUCCCGUGCUGAUCGAGACAUCCUACGACACGCGGCUGCUGCAGAAAGCGCACACGAGGCAGGACUCAGGGUCGAGCGCGGGCGCGUCUCACGGCAACGGCGGCGUCUCCAACACGCAGCGUCAGAAGCAAGCGUUACAGAUCCGGCCGUACUCGAACGCGGCGUCGUCGUUCUACUCGCAGCCCACGCCCAACGUGCCGCACGAGCACUGGCCGCCGCAAGGGCUGGGGCUCACGGGUCUGACAUACGACGUCUCGCCCGUCGACGACGACCCUGCCGACGACGACUUCUGGAGCAAUGGCAGCACCCCGCUGACUGCCCAGACGGAGCGCACCGACGACCCGUUUGACGGCUGGAGCAACGCCGGCCGCCCGCCUACUACCCACACCGAACGCACCACCGACCCCUUCGACGCGUGGAGCAACGCUGGCCGCCCGCCCACCGUCGACGUCGACCUGCCAUCCAGUGCGGACGCCGCUGCCGAAGAUCCCAAGAGCCGCUUCAGCUGGACCACGCGCGCCACCUCAUUCCAGCACACGCCCUCCCUCUACUACGCGCACAGCCCGCCGCCCAGCCCGCCACCCGUCCCCGCGCAAUACAGCCUCGACGCGCAGUACGGCACCGCGCGCCAGUCGCACAACCCCAUCUUCACGCCGCCCGCCGUCUCGGUCGCCAGCCACCUGCUGAGCCUGCGCAACCGCGCCGCCUCGGCCUCGCAGUCCAGCAUCGCCACGAGCACGCUGUCGACGGUGCCGAGCCGAAAGCCCGUACCAGCGCCUUCGGCAGGGCAGACGCUGCAACCGGGCAAGCAGCGCGCGAACACGGCGCCGUAUCAGCCGCAGCCGCAACCGCUGUCCCAAUCCCAACCUCACCAGCGCCUUCAUCAUCAACCCCAGCGCAGCUUCACCGACCGCGCGCCCGCCGCCGCUUCAAUCAUGGACCGCGGCCGCGGCGCAACCACGCCCACGGGCCCCGCGCGCCCGCCGCUACCAACCCGCUCCAUGACGGAGCACCUCCCCGCACGCACCUCGUCCAAGCCCGGCACGCCCUCGACGCCCACCUCCGCCAACAAAGCGCUCCCUCUCCCCCCAUCCCUCGACAACCCCGCCACCGACCACGUAACCAAACUGUCCCUCCAACUCGACGCGCUCUCCACCCAGCGCAACAACAUCACCCGCCUCAUCCAGUCGCUCACCGACACCGAAACCGCAAAUAACCCGCUAGUAACGGACCUAGCGACGCGACGCGCGCAGGAGGCGAGGGUGAAGAGCCUGGAGGCGGAGCUGGCGGAGGUGGGGCGCCAGGAGCAUGACGUCGGCAUGAAGUUGCAUCGAGCGCGGAAGAGGGAGGAGCGGGAGGGGGCGGGGGUCGGGUUCGGCACUUUGUGGGUGAGGAGGGUGACGGAGUAGGGGGUGCGGAGUUUGGGGGGUGUACGAUUAAUGCGGCUGGGAUAGGUUGGCUUGGGUUGCGGAGUUGGAGUUGGGAGCACAGCGAGCAUACAUACGUGCAUGCGUACAUGUGUGCGUGGCUGGUCCAUUCAUUCAUUCAUUUGUUCAUUUGUUCGCUCGCCCAUACAUACAUUCGGACGCAUACCCCAUACCCCUUUUGCUAGUAGUUUUCCCUUUUUUUCCUUAACCUCGAAUUCGAGUUUUUUUCCUUUUUUUU